GUUCGAAUAAAUUUUAGUUGUUUCGUGGCGCGUCGCCAUAACGUGUUUCUACGUGUUUUCCUCGGGAAAUUUUCUGUCACCCAAUGAAGAUGAACAUCACGUCAGCAGCUGGCAUAAUCUCCUUACUGGAGGAGCCAAUGCCUGAACUGAAGGUCUUCGCUUUAAAAAAGCUGGAUAUGAUAGUCGACGAAUUUUGGCCGGAAAUCUCUGAAGCCAUAGAAAAGAUUGAAAUUCUGCACGAGGAUAAAUCGUUCAAUCAGCAUGAGCUGGCUGCUUUGGUUGCUAGCAAAGUAUACUAUCACUUGGGGAGUUUCGAAGAUUCUUUGACUUACGCUCUCGGAGCUGGAGAACUGUUCGAUGUCAAUGCUCGAAAUGAAUACGUCGAUACAACCAUUGCCAAGUGCAUCGAUUACUAUACUCAGCAACGUGUUUUGGAGGCGGAGGGCAAGCUUCCUCCAGGUAGCAAGGGCAUCGAUCCUAGACUGGAGGGUAUAGUGAAUAGAAUGUUCCAACGCUGUUUAGAUGAUAAUCAGUAUCGUCAAGCUUUAGGCCUUGCUCUUGAGACACGCAGAAUGGAUGUAUUUGAGGCAGCCAUUAUGCAAUCUGAUGACGUGAGCGGAAUGUUAUCGUACGCCUUUCAAGUCGCCAUGAGUCUCAUCCAAAACCGCGGAUUUCGCAACACCGUGUUACGCUGCCUGGUCAGUCUGUAUCGGAACUUGGGCACUCCCGACUAUGUCAAUAUGUGUCAAUGCCUGAUCUUCCUGGACGACCCACUGGCCGUGGCCGAGCUUCUCGACCGACUGAGCAAGGGCUCGCAAGACUGUGUGCUGAUGGCGUAUCAAAUUGCCUUCGAUCUAUAUGAGUCUGCGACGCAACAAUUCCUCGGACGCGUCUUGCAAGCUUUGCGUGCCACCGCACCCAUUCCGGGCGCGCUGAUGGUUAAACCGGUGGUUAAACCCGUCGCCGCUACCACCGUCGCUUCCAACCAGGCCAAGCCUGUUGAAGUUACCACGGAAUCCGCGAGCAUGGAGACCGAUAACACUGCUGCUCCUGCGGAAGAUAAGGCCGAACGCAGCGUCGAAAGUUUGAAUGCGGAGGAGAGAGAGCAGCAAGAACGUGUGGACGCUUUAUCUAGUAUUUUGGGUGGCGAGGUGUCGAUCGAUCUACACUUGCAGUUUCUUAUUCGUAGCAAUCAUACCGAUAUGUUGAUCCUGAAAAACACCAAGGACGCCAUACGGGUCUCGAUUUGUCACACCGCCACCGUGAUCGCCAACGCUUUCAUGCAUUCGGGAACGACCAGCGAUCAAUUCCUGAGAGACAACUUGGAGUGGUUGGCUCGCGCUACUAAUUGGGCGAAAUUGACCGCAACUGCGUCCCUGGGAGUGAUACACCGGGGGCACGAACAAGAAGCUUUAGCUCUGAUGCAGUCUUAUUUACCGAGAGAUUCCGGUGCCGCUGGUGCCGGAUAUUCCGAGGGUGGCGGUUUAUACGCCCUGGGAUUGAUCCACGCUAAUCACGGAGCCGCCAUCACGGACUACCUCCUGGGCCAAUUAAAAGACGCCCAAAACGAAAUGGUCCGUCAUGGUGGCUGUCUCGGACUCGGUUUGGCCGCCAUGGGCUCCCAUAGGCAAGACGUCUACGAACAAUUAAAGUUUAAUCUGUACCAAGAUGACGCGGUAACCGGUGAAGCCGCUGGAAUCGCCAUGGGAAUGGUCAUGCUGGGAUCCAAAUCCACACAGGCCAUCGAAGACAUGGUCGCGUAUGCCCAAGAGACGCAGCACGAGAAGAUUCUGCGAGGCCUGGCCGUCGGCAUCGCCUUCACGAUGUACGGUCGCCUCGAGGAAGCGGAUCCCUUGGUGACAUCGUUGUGCGCGGACAAGGAUCCUAUUCUGCGUAGGAGCGGCAUGUACACUUUGGCGAUGGCUUACUGCGGCACCGGGAACAAUCAGGCCAUCCGCAAGCUCCUGCAUGUUGCCGUCUCUGAUGUUAACGACGACGUUCGGCGAGCCGCGGUCACCGGUCUAGGGUUCCUGCUAUUCCGGACUCCGGAACAAUGUCCCAGUGUUGUCUCGCUUUUGGCGGAGAGUUACAAUCCUCACGUGAGAUACGGCGCGGCGAUGGCUCUGGGUAUCGCCUGCGCUGGCACAGGCUUGAAGGAAGCUAUCGCGUUGCUGGACCCAAUGACGAACGACCCCGUGAACUUCGUCAGGCAAGGCGCGCUGAUCGCCUCCGCAAUGAUCCUGAUCCAGCAGACGGAAUCUACAUGUGCCCGCGUCAAAGAUUUCCGAGCUCUAUACGCCAAGGUAGUAGUGGACAAACACGAGGACGUUAUGGCGAAGUUCGGUGCGAUUCUGGCGCAAGGAAUCAUCGACGCCGGUGGCCGCAACGUGACCGUGUCGUUGCAAUCGAGAACGGGUCACACGAAUAUGCUGGCGGUGGUCGGAGCCUUGGUGUUCACCCAAUACUGGUACUGGUUCCCGUUGGCGCACUGCCUGGCCCUGGCCUUUACACCCACGUGUCUGAUCGCGCUCAACGCCCAACUGAAGAUGCCCAAGCUGGAGAUCAGAUCGAACGCCAGACCGAGUGUUUACGCUUAUCCCGCGCCCCUCGAGGAAAAGAAGCGAGAGGAAAGGGAGAAGGUCACCACCGCCGUGCUCAGCAUCGCAGCGCGUGCCAGGAGACGGGAGUCCGAGAGGAGGGCCAGGGAUUCGCACGAGAAGAUGGACGUGGAUCCACCCUCGGAGACGAAGGAACUGCCGGAAGUGAAGGAAGCAUCGUCUUCCAAGGAGAAAGAUGAAAAGAAGAAGGAUAAGGACGAGGAGAAGGAGAAGGAGAAGGAAAAGGAGAAGAAGGAGACUAAGGAGACCAAGGAGCCUAAAGAGAAGACCGAGAAGAAGGGCAAGGAUGAGGAGAAGGAGAAGAAGGAGCCGGAACCGAACUUCGAGAUUGUUCAAAAUCCCGCUCGAGUUUUGCGUCAGCAAUUGAAGGUUAUUCAGUUGGUCGAAGGUAGUCAUUACGUUCCCGUCAAGGAUAUUCAAAUUGGUGGCAUCGUCAUGGUCAAACACAUCCAGACCGAUACUGAGGAGGAACUCGUCGAGCCUGUCGCCGCCUUCGGGCCGAAGCCCGACGAGGAGAAGGAAGCCGAGCCGCCCGAACCCUUCGAAUACACCGAGGAUUAAGGGGCGAAAACACGCGUCGCCUCGUUCCGUCAUCCUGACACGCCCGUCAUUCGUCAUCGCAAUGGAAUCGCGAUACAUUCGUCCUCACUUUCCGUUAAUAUCACACGUCUGUUUUUUAUAUUCAUCGCGAUUUCCGUCUACGUGUCUAAUUAGCGAAGUACUGCGAAGUCUAAUAAAUUUAUUGCGUCGAAGA